CGCUAUUUGAUUAAUAAUUCAACUGAUACCCUACCAUGGGGUCAUUAUUCUAUAAUUGAAAACUGAAGUUUUUUUGUUUUUCACAGGUGUUUCAACCAAAACGCUUAUUUGACGCUGCUCUAGAAUGUGUUGCCGCUGUCAAUUGCAUUACUGAGUUAUUCACGGGUGAAUAUCAUGAACGUAUAUUUACGGAUGCCAAAAACAGGUGGAAAAAUUUAAAAGAUCAGUUCAGAAAGGAGGUGAAAAAAAUACCCAUUCCCAGAUCGGGAGCCAGUGCACCACCUGUAAGACCAAAGUGGCAGUAUUUUGAACAAAUGUAUUUUUUAAAAGAUUUUGUUACUCCUUCCCCUACACAGGGGAAUUUGAUUUCUUGCAAUGAAGAUUCAACUGAAAUCGAAGAACUUCAUUCCGUUGAAAAUAAUGAAAACAAUGAAGCCAGCGAUCUACAUUCACAACCUUCUUCACCCUCAUCAGUGCCGCUACGAACACCAUCUAGAAGCAGCUCAAUUUCUCAAGUACGUAAAAGGACCAAAAAAGACAUCCAAGAAGAAUUUUUAAGUUUAGAAACUAAAAAAAUUGAAAUGUGGCAAAACGAAGCGAAAGACAAUGAUAACGCCGAUUUACUGUUCUUUAAAAGUCUAUUGCCCCAUAUGGCUGAUUUCACAGAAUUUGAAAAACUAGAAAUUAAGUCGGAUAUAAUGUCAUUAAUUUUGAAGAAAAAGAAAAAAAACUGCCAGAGCAGUAGCAGCAGAUUUUACAAAUUCCGCUUUUGGAAACUGGUAACUUGGAAAACCAAGCAGGCUGCAGUAACGACCCAGGUUCAUAUUUAAC